AUGGAGAUGACAAAGUUAUUUGAACGCGAAGCAUCACUUAUGGUUUGCUUACGUGAUGAGAGGUCACAUGUAAAAGUUGAAAAGCCAGAAAUUCGUCCAACAGAAAAGCUUUAUCAACCUGCCAUUAAUGUUAAGAAUGCAAAAAUGGAUAUAAGUCAAGUGUCGACCAUGUCAAAUCGUAGGGUAUCAAAAGAACUUGAUGAGUUGAAAAAAUCAUCUUUAGAUAAUUUUAAUGUGUUUUUAACGCAAGAAAAUCUACUCUUUUGGAAAGUUAUUAUGAAAGGACCUGAUGGUACACCAUAUGCUGGCUAUUAUUGGUUGCUGUCAGUAGAAUUUUCAUCUGACUUUCCUUUUCAGCCACCUAAUAUACGCUUCAUAACGCCUAUUUAUCAUUGCAAUAUCAAUGAUGAUGGUCGCAUCUGUCAUGAGAUUUUACAAAGCAAAUGGACUCAUCAGACAUCAAUGCGAGUUGUUUUCCAAGAAAUACUCGAUUUAAUACGUGAUCCCAAUCCUGAUUAUGCUCUAUCUGCAGUGAUAGGUGCUCAAUACAAAUCAAAUCAUUUAGAUUAUGAAAAAUCGAUUAAAAAUCUGAAUGAGAAAGAAGCAAAGAAAACAAUUUCUGCAAUUAUGAAAGAUUAUAAAUUAACUGAAAAUUAA